AAAAAACUUUAGGCAGAAAUUACUAAACCCAUUGAUAUGUUUUUGUUCAGCAAGUCAAGCAACUCAUCCAUGGCACUUCGGAGACUUCAGGUUACCUGGUGCUGGUUUUGUGUCCUCUUUUUACGGCUAACAGUCACAGCAGCCCAAACGAACACCACCGUCACCGUCACCGCCCCCACCACCGCCUCAUUCAAUGUCAUUAAAGGGCCAAACAUAACCAAACCAGGAUGUCAACGGCAAUGUGGGAACGUCACAAUUCCGUACCCUUUCGGGAUUGGCCUGAAUUCGGGUUGUGCUAUCGGGGAAUUCUUCGAAGUGAACUGCAACACUUCUUUCAGUCCACCGAAACCUUUCAUACGUCAAUACGAGGUAACCGAAAUCGACGACAACCACAUUCGUUUCGUCAGCACCGUCGCAAGUAGCUGUUACGAUCAACGAGGCCAAAUCCUCGAAAACGACGCCUUUAUGGGCGUAAAUCGGACAGGUCCGUUCAGCUUUUCGGACCUCAACACUUUCACCGUCAUCGGCUGCGAUGAUGCGUCUCUCGUUACCGGUUACAUUAAGAACUUCAGCAGUGGAUGCGUGUCGGUCUGUUCCAGGGCGGAGGACGUUAUUGCUGGAUAUUGUUCGGGAGCUGGUUGUUGCCAAACGUCCUAUAUUCCCCGAGGAUUUAAGGGUUUUUUUAUUACCCUUAAUAGCCUACAGAAUCAUUCUGAUGUAUUCGGGUUUAAUCCUUGCAGCUAUGCUUUUCUUGGUGAGCGGGACAAGUUCACAUUCCGGGGUGCAGCUGAUUUUUCUGAUCCUACUUUUAUCUAUAGGACAUUAGCUACUGUUCCGGUUGUGCUGGAUUGGGCGAUCUGGAAAUCGAAUUGCUCGGAAGCCCAGAAAGCGAAUGAUUACGCUUGCCAUCCCAGCAGUUUUUGUGUCGAUUCCGACACUGGAUUUGGCGGCUAUCGUUGUAUCUGCGCACCAGGUUUUGAGGGAAAUCCCUAUCUCAGUCCAGGAUGCCAAGAUGUCAACGAAUGUGAAGAUCCUAAUACUAAUACAUGUGAAAAGAUCUGUACUAACACUCCGGGAAGUUACAACUGUUCUUGCCCGGUAGGAUAUUUUGGGGAUGGCAGAAAAGACGGACAAGGUUGCAUAGCUAAGAAUAAAGAGUUUCCAGUCAUGAAACUUUCCCUUGGAUUGGGUUUCGGACUUUUAUCAUUGUUGAUGGCAAUAACAUGGCUCUAUUUUGGCAUUAAGAAAAGAAAACUAAAGAAUCUCAGGAAAAAAUUCUUCCAUCAAAAUGGUGGUGUAUUGUUAAAGCAACAAGUAUCUUCCAACCAUGGUGGAAUCGAACCAUCCAAAAUUUUCACAGCCGAAGAAUUAAAGAAGGCCACCAACAACUAUGCAAAAGACAGGAUUCUCGGUAAAGGAGGCUAUGGAACAGUUUACAAAGGAAUUUUACCAAAUAAACAAAUUGUUGCCAUAAAGAAAUCCAAAAUAAUGGAUGAAAGUCAAAUUGAACAGUUCAUUAAUGAGGUGAUAAUUUUGACUCAGGUCAAUCAUAGAAAUGUUGUGAAGCUCUUGGGCUGUUGUUUAGAAGAAGAAGUUCCGUUGUUAGUUUAUGAAUAUGUCUCAAAAGGAACCCUUUUCCACCACAUCGAGCAUAGUGGUAUGUCGACAUGGAUGUCCUGGGAAAAUCGGUUAAGGAUUGCAGCUGAAACUGCAGGUGCACUUUCUUAUCUCCAUUCGGCAGCUUUGAAACCGAUAAUUCAUAGGGAUGUUAAGUCGGCUAACAUAUUAUUGGAUGACUAUUACACGGCAAGAAUCUCGGAUUUUGGAGCAUCCAGAUUAGUUCCAUUGGAUAAAACUCAAGUGACAACAUUAGUGCAAGGAACAUUAGGAUACUUGGAUCCUGAGUACUUUUGCACAAGUCAACUCACUGAGAAAAGCGAUGUCUAUAGCUUUGGAGUGGUGCUUGCCGAACUCAUCACAGGGAAAAAACCACUUUGCAUGGAGAGAAGCAAAGAAGAAAGAAAUCUUGUUACAUAUUUGAUCAUGUGCAUGAAGGAGAAUCGAUUGUUUCAAAUUCUCGAUCCUCGAGUGCUUCGUGAGGGAAGCCUAGAGCAGCUCCAACAAGUUGCUGAGCUGGUGAAAAGAUGUGUUAGUUUGAACGGUGCAGACAGGCCAAUCAUGAAAGAAGUUGCCAUGGAACUUGAAGGGUUAAGGAAGUUCACAGCUAGACAUCCUUGGACUAUUAAUAAUCAACAACAUCGUGAUGAAGAAUCAAUUGGAUUAAUGGCUAAUGCAUCCGAAUCAUUAGAUCUUUACACAGUUCCAUUAAGUCCUUAUUCUGAUUUAGUUCCUUUAUCUGGACAAUAUAGCUUGGAAUCAACAGAUGCCUGAUGUUCUCAGCAUCAAAUAGACCUUGUUGAUUGAACAAUCAUCUUCAGCUAAGUACCAUGGAUGUUGGUAAGCAAAACUACUUGGUCAGUUCAAUUGUUAGAUGCAUGUAAAAUUAAUUUCUUAGACAACCCAUGAAUUCGUACUAUUACUAUUUGUAAGAUUACAGUUUCAUGAUAUGGUAUCAUUAAUCAUG